AUGGCUAUGAUGAAACACAUCGUGAGAUCGGCGAAGACGGUGGUCGGCUUCGAAUACCAGAGUUGUACGUUUCGUGGGAGACCUUCCCGAGAUCUGAGAUUUCGGGGGGAAAAUAAAAAUAAAGUAAAGCCGACGGUAGCCCCGGGGCCGCCGUUCUUGGUCACCGCGUUGCUUCGUCGCACUUUUCUCUACGCCAGCCAUCUCAUCCAGACCCUCCCCGUCUUGUCCCCGGGCAAAAGGUCAGCAUUGAGCAAGGCUACAGCUACUAUUGUAAUCUAUGAGGGCAAGGUCGACAAACGCGUCAAUAUUAUCCGGCUGAUACGCUCAAACAACAACAUCAGCUCUUUGACGUCUGAUCACCAAUUGCAAAAAGAAGAUAUAUAA